AUGCCAGUCGCGACACAGACAGAUGUGGAUCUCGCCGUCAAGCAUGCGCGCAAGGCGUUCAAAACCUGGUCGAAGGUCCCGUUCUCUGAGAGGGCCAAGCUUCUACUUGACUUCGCAGAUGCGAUUGAGGCUCAUCGCGAGCCGUUAGAAAGACUACUUGUCCUUGAGCAGGGGAAACCCGUAGGGCUGGCAAAGACGGAGUUUGAUAUGGCCCUUCAAUGGCGGCGAGCAUUCAGCACCAUGGAGGUCAUGGACGAGAUACUGGAUGGCAACGAGGAACGCACCGUGACUCAGAUCUUCGCACCCCUUGGUAACACCAUUAUCAUCAAACCCUCCCCGUUCACUUCCUACUGUGAUCUCAAACUUGGCGAGAUUGGCAUGGGAAUCUUCCCGCCAGGCGUCCUCCAAGUCCUAAGCGGCGGAGAUGAUCUCGGCCCCAUGCUCACAGAGCAUCCUGAUAUCGACAAGCCCCCGAAGCGCGUGACCCUAGAGGUAGGAGGCAACGAUGCGGCUAUUAUCUGCGAAGAUGUCGACAUUGCUGCUAUUGUUCCUGAAAUCUCGACGUUGGCGUUCCUCAACUCGGGCCAGAACUGCAUGCUAAUCAAGCCGCUGUACCAUGUCGAGUUUGCCGCUGCCCUCGUCGCCUUCUCCAAGGGUAUCAAGACCGGAGACGGGUUUGCGCCUGAUGUCCCGGUCGGUCCGGUUCAGAACGCCAUGCAGUAUGGAAAGGUCAAAGGUCUCUACUCCGAGAUUGAAAAGUGCAGCUGGACACAGGCGCUGAAAGGCGAAGUGCUCAGCAACUCAAAAGGCUUCUUCAUUACCCCCAUCCCGAUCAUCGACAACCCACCCGACGACUCUUGGAUCGUGGUGCAGGAGCCUUUGGGGUUAAUCCUGCCCAUGCUAAAGUGGUCGGACGAGGAGGACGCCCUUCGCCGCGCCAAUGACACAAAAGCCGGAUUGGGCGUAUCUGUUUGGAGUAAGGACUUGGAUCGGGCAGAGCGAAUGGCCAGAUGUCUCUCUGCGGGCAGCGUUUGGAUUAACUCGCACUUUGAUGUUGCACCCACCGUUCCCUUCGGAGGCCAUAAGUGGAGUGGUAUUGGGCGGGAAUGGGGUAUGACGGGUUUACAGUCGUACUCUAAUUCAACCUCGCUGUGGAAGUGGAAGAAAGCCAUGUGA